GCGAAGAACCUUCCCCUCUGCUGCCCCGGCUGCGGAGCUCCCAGUCAGACCGUCGACUCCGAUGCGCCGGGGUAUUAUGGCUCCAGACGGGCCACCAAAGCCCCUCGGGCUACGAUUGCUCGGAAGAGAGAGGACGAAAUCUUCGAGAAUGCGCUGAAUCUCGGGGUGCUGGGAGAUCAGGUACCUGCCGUGCCAUCGGGGGACGAGGCAGCGAAGACGGUGGAAAAGGCGCCCAUCUGCGAUCGCUGCCAUUUUCUUCUCUACCAAUCGCGCGGACAGAGCAUUGUGCACCCUUCAAUGCAGUCCAUCCAGCAAACCAUCGAACAGUCUCCUCACAAGCACAAUCACAUCUAUCACGUCCUCGAUGCCGCCGACUUUCCCAUGUCUUUGAUUCCCAAUCUACAGCACGCCCUCCGACUCCCCCGCAUGCGAACGCUCAACCGAAGAUCAAAGACUGUCAGUUACAUCCGCGGUCGAACAGCAGAGGUCAGCUUCGUCAUCACGCGAAGCGACCUACUCGCGCCGAAGAAAGAGCAGGUGGACAGCUUAUUACCCUACCUGCGAGAGGUGCUUCGAGACGCCCUGAGAGGAGUUGGGAAAGACGUGAGACUGGGUAAUGUAAGACUGGUGUCUGCAUACAGAGGCUGGUGGACACGUACGGUGAAAGAAGACAUCUGGACCCGUGGCGGUGCAGGAUGGAUGGUGGGGAAGGUCAAUGUGGGAAAGAGUGCAUUGUACGAGGUGGUGUUUCCCAAGGCCAGGAAUGAAGUCGAAACGAACAUCAAUCGCAUGAGGCAUCAACAGAAUCAGGCUUUGGCGAAUGUGGUGUUGGACGAGGAUGAACACUCUUCCCUGCUUCCCCCCGCCCAACCGGAGACCCCCUAUCCACACAUGCCCAUUGUCUCAGCACUGCCAGGAACAACCGCGUCGCCAAUUCGCAUUCCAUUUGGCAAUGGGAGAGGAGAGCUUAUCGAUCUGCCGGGUGUCCAUCGCAGCUCUCUCGAAAGCUACGUCAAGCCCGAUCAUCGCAAGGCUUUGAUGAUGAAAACGCGCGUGGUGCCAGAACAGCACACCAUCAAACCCGGCCAAUCGCUGUUGAUUGGAGGCCUGGUCCGAAUUACGCCCAAGACCCAUGAUCACGUUGUUCUUGCGUAUCCAUUCGUGCCCUUGGAACCACAUGUUACCAGCACCGAUAAAGCGGUGGCUAUUCAAACUGGGCUCUACGAGAAUGGAGAACCGUACUCGGGAACAGUCGAGAGCAUCAUUACAGAUUCAGCGAGGAAUGACAUCCGAAGCGCAGGUACUGUCCGAUUGCAAUGGGACGUGACAAAAGCUCGCAGCGGCCCUUUGACGCACAAGGCGGCUGGUAAGAUGAAAGCAGCCAAUCUGCCCUUUACCAUCUACUCUGCCGACAUCCUGAUUGAAGGCGUUGGCUGGGUCGAACUUACAUGUCAGGUACGCAGCCGA